CUCCAGGCAGAAGUGGAGAAACCACUACUCAACUUCCGUGAAAACUUCAAGAAAGAUAUGAAAAAGUAUGACCAUCAUAUUGCUGAUUUGCGAAAACAGCUGGUUAGUAGAUAUGCAGCAGUGGAAAAGGCUCGAAAAGCAUUAACAGAGAGGCAAAAGGAUUUAGAGAUGAAAACACAGCAGUUGGAGAUAAAACUGAGCAACAAGACAGAAGAGGAAAUUAAAAAGGCCAGGCGGAAGUCUACUCAAGCUGGAGAUGAUCUCAUGCGUUGUGUGGAUUUGUAUAACCAAGCUCAGUCAAAAUGGUUUGAAGAAAUGGUAACCACCUCUCUGGAACUCGAGAGGCUAGAAGUCGAGAGGGUGGAAAUGAUUCGGCAGCACCUUUGCCAAUAUACACAGUUGCGACACGAGACAGACAUGUUCAAUCAAAGUACAGUGGAACCUGUGGAUCAGUUGCUUCAGAAAGUGGAUCCAGCCAAAGACAGAGAACUGUGGGUAAAAGAACACAAAACCGGUAACAUCAGACCUGUGGAUAUGGAGAUAUAGACUUCCGUGACCAGGUGGGCUUUUGAGUCCACCCAGUUCGAGGGAUUUCCAUAAAGCUUCAAGAGGAGGAACAGGAGAGAUGUUCCACUGUCAGCUUCCAUAUCUAUUUAUUAUUGUCUGUAGGGACUAUUUCUGUCAUGUUUGAUCAUUAUUCCAUUCCUAUAGUGCUAUGCCUUAAACAUCCAACAUUCCAGGGUUGAGAAGCUACUCUUUUUCCUUCUUUUUGAAACUGGCUCCUAGAAGCCAAGCACGUGCAGCUCCCAUGAUCAAUGGCUGGGUCUGUUUGCUGGUACAAAAAGAAUCUUGCUAUUCUGUGGUUAUCUAUUUUGUGCUACUCCCCUUGCAUGAUGCUCUGUUUUGUACCGUAAUGUUAAGACACAAAUAAGGCUGUGCCAAACCUAUGGAUGGGUGAGUUUGAAUGUGAUUCUGGAAGUAGGGAGAUCCUCCUGAACGUUCCCACUGAAGUAGGCAGGAGUGGGGAGGUGGUUUUAAAUUCCCCCCCUCCACCUCCUCUCCCACCUACACUUUAUGAAAUGGAGUUCAUAAUGCUUACCUACCUCACAGGGAUGUUGUGAGGAUAAUAUCUUUGUAGAGUGUUAUGUUUUAACAACCAUUGUCUCCUAUAACUGCAAAUACUAUUGCAAGGCUACAGUGAAAAGGCUUGUUUGAGUAAAGAAAAGGAGGCCGUGGGUCAGGAGACAAUGUACCCAAAGAAAUACGCUUGGGUUGGCCCUCUUUUAUACUGUCUCAGGUACUUAACUGGCUGCAGUCCUCAAGCUACUUGUGAUCUUUUGACUUCUCCAGGAUCUGCAGAAAUGAUCAGAGAAUUGGAACUAUUGACUUUCCCCCCAAUAGAAAAAGAGCACUUUCAAGACACAGUUGCCUCUUAUCCUGUGUGCUUCAAGAGCCUUUGGAAGAGUGUAAAAAACCAUAUUCCAAGUGCAUCUCCAUCUGCAAAAUAACCCUACAUGAGUGUUAGGUUAUUUAGAGGCUAGGAUCUUGACUCUGCCAAAUAUGUCUUCCCUGAUUUCCAAUUUUGUGUUCAUGUCACAGAGAUCCCUGCACUGAUGACAACAGCAAAAUUCUAAUGGAACUUAGGUACAGGGGAAGAUUUUGCAAGCCUUUGGCUCUUGAGUUCCCACACUCUGGCAGCUAUUUUUUUAAAAAAGUGUUUUAUUUUAUAACAGAGUUCAGGCCAUAUUAAGUCUCGUUAUAAAACUAUCAGAUGGUCAAAAAUCAGCACAAGUGAGUUAAGAAGUGACUAUAUGAAUCCAGCCAAAGACACAUUAUACAGCUAGAUAUUUUCAGAAAUGCAGCUAUUUUGAUGGUACUUCAAGGCUUUACCAAUUGAUCCUUAGCUCCUGUAUUUCAGAAACUGUUGGGGGAAAACCACCAUGUUCUUUGUUCCCCUCCUUUUUUCAUUUGUCUUGCAAUGGUGUUUGUACAGGACAACUAUUUGCUUCAAGUAUCAGGGCUUUAAAUUUUUUUUUUUGUACUGCCAAGUAUUUUGUUUGAACAUGUGUCACAAACAUCUACUAUUCAUUUCAUUAUUUCUUAAAUCUUUAUUUUUCCAGGAAUACAUUUGUCAGGUUUUUUUUUACCAGACUUUCCAUCAGCACUAUAACUCUUGUCCUUUCUAUUUUCAAAGUAAUGGUUUUAACUGCAACUACAAAAAUGUAAUAUAGAUAACCUAAGCCUCUUACAUUUAAAAACAUAUAGGAGGAAAUUUGGGAUAAGAGAUGGCAUUGUUUUUUCUGGAUUAUUUGAUGCUUACAUUAUUAAACACAGUAUGAAGAAAGCUAUUCCAGUUAAUUACCACUCAAAUGUGCCCUCAUUUGAUUGAUUCUUUUCCCUUUCCCUUCGGCUUGUUUUCUAUUAUCAACAAAAUCCUCUUUUUCAUCUCCAAGGGCAUCACAGGUUUAUAAUAAAUAUAUAUAUAUAUAUAUAUAUAUAUAUAUAUAUAUAGUCUUUUUCCCAAGAAGCUGACUGUCAAGAUUUGCAAAAAGUACAAUUUAUCCUGCUGGUAUGUGUGAGUACAUUAAGGCCUGGAUCGAAAACAAUAAAAAAAAAGAAUUUCUAAGGCAUCUAUUUAGUUCCUUUCCUGUUUUGAAGCUUGUGAUAUUUCAGUAUUCCUUGCAACCUUUCUCUAACUGUCUGUUUUCAGAACUUCCUUCAGUUGUUGACCAUUGAUUUUCUGGGCUUUUUCUGUUUUCCAUACUUGAUACUGUUUAACUAUAUGUUCUUUUGAUAAAAUGGACUGCAAUUAUUUGUACAUUCCACUACAACUUUCUUCACGAUCACCAAGCAAACUGCUCGUGGCAUAUUACGAAAAUUGCUAUUUCCAAAUUAUAUUUUAAGAUUCACUUUAAAUCUGACUGAAUUUAAAAUACCCAUCUUAUUUUUCUAGAUAAAAAAAUAGUCAAAGCACCUUAAUUGUAAAUGUAAAACACUGUCUGGAUCAUUUGAUUUUCAUGUAUCUGCUGCUUUCUAUCAACUAACAAUUGUCUCUUUUCUUCUUUUUAUCUUCCAUGAUUAUCUUAACCAUUACUACGCUUUUCUCUUUUCUUCUUUCAUUGAAAGCUCCAGUGAUUGGUAAUGGCAAAAUGUGAUUUGAUUGCAGGAAAAUCCCCAAAAUUUUAAAGAAGUUUGUAAAUAGAUUUCUAUUGCUGUUAUUAUUUCAAAUACUACAGUGUAUUUCUCGGACUAGCUUAAUCUAUGUUUCCUUUUAAGUUCUACGUGCCUUCUAAACAUUAUUAUUUUAUAUGAAGGAUAAAAGUACACAUUGUUCUCCAGACUCCUUUUUGUGCUCCUCGAGGUUUUGGUGAAAAUAUUGGAUGUCUUUUAAGGGCCUAUGAGCUAUUAAGGGUCAAAAUCAGGGCUGUAAGCCUUGCAAUUGCUUAAGAUGCUAAUUGCAUCACUUAAAACUCCUCAUGCCACCAUGGUCUCAGUACUUUUUGAGUUCAGCUCUCAAUGUGACAUGCAAAGCUCAGAUGCUUUCAGUCUUAUAAUAGCAUUCCUUGCAAUUCUACUUAAAAAAACUAUUAUUUGGGAUCCAUUACAGGCAAUCCUCCACCUCUGACCACAACUGAGCCCAAAAUUUCUACUGCUAAGAAAGACAUUUGUUAAGUGAGUUUUUGACCCAUGCUAU